AUGUCAGAUGCAGAUAAGAGAGCAAAAUUAGAAGCAUUAGCAAAUAAAAAGAGACAACAAAAUGAAGUAUUAGAAAAGAAAGAUACAAAAAGAGUUGCUGUUGGAGGAGACAAGAAACCAACUAGUACAAUUCCAAAAAAAGCACCAGCAGGUAAAGGUGGUUCAAUUUCAUUAAAUGCUAAAAACUAUAGAGAUGAGGAAGAAGAAUCAGGAUCAGAUUUAGAUAGCUAUGAAGAUGAUGGUUUUGUAGUUAAUGAUUCAGAUGCCAGCGAUUCAGAUUCUGAAAGUGAUGUUUCAAGCGAACCUGAAUCAGACAGCAGCGAAGAAGAUAGAAAGAAAAAGAAAAAGAGUGCACCAGUUAAAAAAUCAGCACCACCACCAAAAAAAGCAGCACCAAAGAAAAAGAGUAAGGGAUCAGAUUCUGAGGAUGAUGAAAGUUCAAGCGAAGAAGAAAAAGAAUCAUUUAAAUUCUCCAAAUCAGACUUUGCCAAUUUACCAAGAUUAGGUUCAAGAAGAAGUACAGCUUUUGUUGUUUCUGCUCCACCACCAGGUUUAGAUGACGACGAUGACGAAGAUGCUUCAGAAUAA